UACGAAAAAUGGCGAUAACGACGUUUCCUACGAUUGAAAAAUGUGCAUCGAUCGGUCGAGAGGAGGACAUAGUUGUAACAGACUUGGAUGGAACCUUACUACGAGGUAGUAGCUCUUUCGCUUAUUUUGCGUUGGUAGCUUUCGAUGUUGGUGGGGUCUUAAGGUUACUUUUUCUUCUCUUAGCUUCACCUCUCGCGGGGAUUCUUUACUAUUUCAUCUCGGAAUCUGCUGGAAUUCAAGUUAUUGUCUUUAUAACUUUUGUAGGGAUGAAGGUUUCCGACAUAGAAUCUGCAGCACGUGCUGUGCUGCCAAAGUACUAUUUAGAAGACCUUCAUCCUGAGUCUUGGAGAGUGUUUUCAUCGUGUGGAAAACGAUGUGUAUUGACAGCCAGCCCUAGGAUUCUCGUGGAACAUUUUUUGAAGGACUACUUAGGGGCGGAUAUCGUUUUAGGGACUGAGAUUGAAACAUAUAAAAGUAGAGCAACUGGCUUUGUUAGAUCGCCAGGAGUUCUCGUUGGGAAGAACAAAGCUAAUGCUCUUAGAAGGACUUUUGGAGAAAUUCAACCUGAGAUUGGCUUAGGUGAUCGUGAUACUGAUAUUCCUUUUAUGACAUUGUGUAAGGAAGGUUACUUUGUACCAUCAAAGCCAAAAGUAAAGGCGGUAACUACAAACAAACUUCCCAAGCCCAUUAUAUUCCAUGAUGGUCGUCUUAUCGAAAAGCUAACACCACUAAUGUCUCUUUUCAUCAUCAUAUGGAUACCCUUCGGCUUCCUCCUUGCUUUCUUACGAAUCUGUAUUUCAAUACUUCUGCCUAUUCCCCUUCAGUACUAUGUAUUUUGGGUCAUCGGUAUCCGUCUUACCAUUAAAGGCACCCCACCACCCUCUACAACGAAAUCCGAAGACCAAUCAGGCGUACUCUUUGUUUGUUGUCACCAGACUAUUCUAGACAACAUUUUUCUCUCCGCAGCGUUGAAUCGUUCUAUUCCAAUCGUUACAUACUCUAGUACUUCACGAUUUUUUGAGAUUUUUUCGUCCAUUAAAACUAUUAGACUCACUCAAGAUCGAGCAUCUAAUGCUUCCAUGAUCAAACAGUUGUUAAAAGAACGCAAUCUCAUAAUUUUCCCAGAGGGGAGUACAAACCGUGGACCAUUUCUUCUUAGAUUUUCAUCAUUAUUUGCUGAGUUAACCGAUGAGAUCGUGCCAGUGGCAAUGGAGAAUAAGAUGAGCAUGUUUUAUGGCUCAACAACCCGAGGAUGGAAAUGGAUGGAUGCAUUUUUCUUUCUCAUGAAUCCACGUCCCACUUAUGAAAUUACAUUCUUGAAAAAGUUGCCACAUGAGUUCACUUGCAAGUCUGGGAAAUCAAGUCAUGAAGUGGCUAGUUACAUACAAAAGGUUAUUGCUGAAACUCUUUCUUACGAGUGUACUACUUUUACCAGGAAGGAUAAGUAUACGGCUUUUGCAAGAAACGAUGGCUCAAUUGUGAAGAAAACCUGAAUUAAGGCUAAAAGUAUAAUGGCAUUUUUAUAUUGAUUAUCCCUUUCAACAAUGAUGCAAAAUGAUUUGUUGCCAAAAAUAUAUGAAAGUAAUGGAUUUGUUGCUUAG